AUGCCUGUAUUUUUCGAAGAAGCACAGCAGAUCCCAGAGUUCCUGGAGGCGGCUGCCCGGGGCCGGGAUCCUCAUCUUACUGUGUAUUGGCAAAUCAUAAUGACCAUGCAAGUCAAUCUCGUCAAUCCAAACACCAAUGCCAUCCGCUCCUUCGCCGAAUUCACUCAUCGUCGUGCUUACGACCCGCUUUACUGGCGCUUCGCCGAAAGCGCGUACCACUGGCUCGUAUUCCUCCAUAGAGCCGACCUGACUGCCCAAGGACUCGCCAGAAUCGGGCCUACCAAACCCGGUUUGGCUGAGAAGUUGAGGAAGACGCUUGCUUCGCACGAAAUCAGCCACGCACGGAAGAGGACCCCCCGCGAGAACCACCCGGCUGGCCAGGCGUACAAACGCAUUUACAUGACAGAGGCCGACUUCAUGGUCGGUGAGGGCGUGAUGGAGGCCCUGGCCUAUCCUACCGGGCGGGUGCUGCAAUCUCAAAUUGCCGACAUCCCGACAAGUGAGAGAGAAAAGGGCCAGUAUAUCGACGAGAUGGUCACAGCGCUCGAGAACAUGAUUGGCAAGGACGAGGGCAUGAAGGCCCAAGUCAAGCAGGUCAAGGCAACAUCCGCCUCAGUCUUCGAGUCUCUGGCAUGGCGCCUAUUUAUCGCCUGCCGUCAAGCCCAGGAAGGGAAGCCCAAGGUCUCGCCUUGGGCAACCAGCUACUACUACAGGAGAUACGACAAUUUCCGGUCUCGAUGGAACGACCUUAUCCGCUUCGUCAACACAAACAAAGCGGCGGUCUCGAACUUGUUCCUCAGCUCGUACUUCGUCAGGUUCGCGGCCGACCCCUACAAGGAACGGUCGACGAAGGAGCAGAAUGCGAAGACAAACAACGGCAAGGCCGACAAAAAGAAAGCUGGCGAGGAAGCUAUUGCGACCCUCGCUGGCAACCCGCCGCCCGCCAAGGCCAACAACGCCGCUGUGGAGAACGCCCAGUCCGAGGCCAAUGCUGACCAGAAUGCCAACCAGGCCGCACAGGACAUCGUGGCUGCUGCCGGCGCCGCUGGUGCGCAAGCUGAAGGUGCCCAGCAACCCCAGGAGCCCGCCUUCAUCCGGCCCCAAGAUAUCCAGGUUGCAGAUGACGGUUGGAUCCCCUACCAGGAGAACGACUUCGAGACUCUAUACGAGAUUCACGAGGCCCAAAUGGAAGCUCAUGCCCAAAACAAUGCGGCUCUAGCAGAUGACAAUGGCAGUGCCGCAUGGGACGACAUCAAUGAGGCUGUUGACGGUAACGAUUUAUUUGACGACAACGACGGCUACUCGCCUAAUGACGGUAAUGAUGGAGGAGACAACGAGAGUGAGAUCUCAGACGAUAUCUACGGCGUCUCUGACGACGAGUCACGUGAGAAGAGAAGAAGACGGAAUGCGGCUGCCAUUGCUCCUGUAAACCGGGUCAACAUGAACCGUCCUCGUCCCUCCAUGGCCGGCCCCGCACUGCCGCAUCCCGCUCAUCAGCAGAACCCUUUUGCGGAAUGGGCCCCUCCUCCGAUCCAGGCGGGCUCAGCCCCUAACGCUCCUGUCCUCAGCGGUCAUGUCCAGCAACACGCCGCCCGCGGUAACAAUGGACAACUCGCUCUUCGCCCGGCCGGUAUUCCACCUGCUCCUCAAAACAGCCGUCAACAACUUCAACCUGCGACUCAUUUUACCCGCAAUGGCCCUGCCGGCUAUGGCACACCCGCUAGGCCGGGUCCAAAUACUAGAUAUCCUGGUCCUAACCCACCAGCCGCUCCCAUACCUCAGCGGGCACAAGCUGUUCACUCGCAGCCCUUUGGUCCUCCGGCCCACGUUCAGCCCCCGGCUCUUGCUGGCCCAGUUUUCACCCCGAGGCGUAUCAUCACACCCGCGUCCGAAAGAGCUAGGCUCCUCAGACAGAGUCAACAAGCUGCCAGCGCAGCUCGCUCUAUCUCUCCAGCUCAGAUCAUGGGUUUCCCUCCACCCGUUAUUCACAACGUUCCAGUUCAGCAAGCUGCUGACCUUCAACCCGCAACACAACCACGGCCUUCCAAUAGCCAGUCUGAACUCCAACACGACAUCAAUAACCAAGGACAUGCUCCAGAAAUGCCAGUCCAGCAAGCUGCUGGCGAUGUUCCACAACAACCCCCAUCACAAGAUGAGCUUAUGGCAUUCCGCGAACAGCUCAUGAACGGCCAAGCUCCGCCGCAGGAGAUUGCGCCAGCUCCGGGGCAGCAAGUCGACAUUGAUCCACUGGCCUGGUUGGAACUUUCGCCUGAAAACAUCAUGAGCGAGGAAGAGCUUCGGGCUCAUGCCGCCAGUCAGGGCUUUCACAUCGAGGGGUUUGGAGAGGACGGCUUGGAUGCUUUCAAUGGUGUCGUGAUUCAACAAGAGGGGAACGGGAGCAGCCAGGCCAUGAACGACGAGGCCAUGAACGAUAAUUCCGCCGAGAAACAGCCCGUUCAGACCAACGAGGAGCAACUCAUCAGCGACAACCAGCAGCAGGAGCAGGAGAAUCGUGCCGUGGAGGAGCAAAACUUCUUCGACCAAUUCGUGAACUUCCCAGACGAAAUCAACAACAUCGAAAAUGAAGACCACGACGAGGGCGUUAAUGAUGAUGACCUCUUCGCCGACGAAUAUGUCGAGAACCAUGGCAUUGAGGGCAUUGACAGUCAAGACAGCACCGGCACUGGUAGCACCGGGAACAAAAGAAAAAGGGACGAUGUUGAUGAGGGGGACGACGGGAAGCGCCCUUCGCAGCGGGCUCGGCUGGAUUAGGUGAAAGGAUCAGAGAUACGCAAUGCAUAUGAUGGAGGAUGAAUGAUGACUUGGG